AUGAUUCGCGCAGGUGCUGUCAGAGCGCUAUAUGCAGCCACAAGGACCCAAGUGCCCCGACAGUUACCUGUCUUCCGCUCCCAGAUCUCUGCCUCCCUACUUCAAUCAUCACGAAUUGCUCCCUCAUUCGUCGCUCAGAGUAUAAGAUGCUACUCAGCACCUGCUGGUCUGUCGAAGGACGAGGUCCAAGGACGGAUAAUGGACCUGUUGAAGAACUUUGAUAAGGUUACAGACGCAACAAAGAUCAGUGGGACGGCGCACUUUCAAAAUGACCUUGGACUGGACAGUCUGGAUACCGUGGAAGUGGUCAUGGCCAUCGAGGAAGAAUUCAGCAUCGAGAUUCCCGACAAGGAAGCCGAUGCCAUUCAUAGUGUUGAGCAAGCGGUGACCUAUAUCAUGGCCCAACCCGAUGCACACUGA